UUUGCUUUAAAAAUCUACAGUGUUCUGUUAAUUUUAAAUAUUGUUAUAUUUUCUGCUAUCAUUUGAUCAGGGUAUCAAUUAUUCGGCAUGUCGCAAAUAUGUAUAUUUUCUAUCUUGUAAUUUUUGUUGUUGGUUGUUGGUUGCUGGCAAGCAAGUCGAGAGUUGCUGGCAGCGAGUGCCAUUUGAUGCGCUGUUAUACGUUGCUCUUAGCGACUCGUUGUUGUUGUUGUUGCAGGGGUAGUUGUUGUUAUUGUUGUUGUUUAAUGGCUGGUUAGCGGACCUGGCGACUGGCUGCUGCUGCUGCUGUUGCUGUUGCCGCUGCUGCUGCUGGCAACUGGCGAUUGCCGUUUUGCCGUUUGCGGAUUUUCAUAGUUCAGUGCGCUUUCCAGACGACAACGCUGACGACAGCAGCAACAGCAACAGUUGCUGCCAGCGUCUCUUGUCGCGUGUAUUUUUAUUGUUUUUUUUUCUGUGUGUUGUUGUUGUGUCUAAAUAUAAUAAUUUGUGAUUUAUUUAAUAGCAGUGACAAUUGUUGCUGCUCUUGAACAUGUGCUAAAAGAUAAUAGAUACAAGGAGGGCAAAAAAAAAAGAUACAAGAUACAAAUGUGUUUCGCCAGCUCGCUCACAACUUUAGCUUGAGUUGCGGCUUUAAAUUACUGAAAAAUACGCGACAGUUAUGUGUGCUAUUAUUAUGCGACUUGUUGUUUUUAUUAUGCAAUCGUAAAAUAAGAAGAAGAAGUAACAGUAGUAGUAGAAGAAGAAGAAGAUGCCGCAAUUUGAUGAAUCUUUCUUAAGCGAUUGCGCGCUCGCGGAACGUUGGCGUUUCUAUUCGUACAACGUGAAGCAGCAACAACAAUUGCAACUGCCAGAUGAGCAACAGCUGCCGCUGCCACAGCAACAACAGCAACAGCAACGAUCAGUGUGGUCAAUGCGAGAUAACAAUAAUAAUACCAGCAACAACAACAACAACAAUAAUAAACAUACGCUGCAUGACAUCAAAUUCCACAGGCGUCGCAAAUAUAAAAAAUUGCCACGUUUAGCAUUAUCAACAGCAACAACAACAACACCACAAACAACACCCAUAUGCACAUCAUUGACACCGCCGUGUGUGCUGGUCAAGAAUGUGGUGCGCUUGGGUGGCUAUGGAUCGUUUACCGCUUGCCAUUUACCUCGUUUGCCAUCGUUCAUCAUGCAAAUCAACAGCAACAACAGCAGCAGCAGCAGCACAUGAAAAAUACCCUACAUUAAAUGAUCAUAUAACACAGCAAAUGUCAUUUGUUAGCAAAAACUAU